CGAAGCAGCAGCGACUGGGCUUUCCCGUUGCCGCUGCUGCCCUGGCGCCUUGCUCCACAUUCGCUCGGGAGCAGCGCCGCGACAAGUUCCUCAGGCCUCCGCUUGCGAAUGAAACCAUAACAAACCACCGAGGGCCCAAUGGGAAGGACCCGAGAGCGGCAGGUUGCGAAAGAAACCGCGCGGCGACGUUCCCAGCGCCGGCCCAGAAGGCAGCCUUGACCGACGGAGGGCGCCUCGGCUCGCCCAAGGCUUCCCCGCCCUCGCGCCGCCUUCGGUGGGGGAAGGAGGCAGCCCACGCCCACGCCGGCGGCUCUGGGGGCCGCAGCCGCCCAAAACGUCGAGCGUGCACCGUCCGGCUUGACGGGAAGGAGCCGGCGCCGGAGAGCGAGCGAGCGAGCGGGCGGCGUGGCGGGUGCCAGCCGGGCAUGCGGGCAGGCGGCAACUGAGGCGCGCGCGCGCAGGCUGCUGUGGUGAGUGAGGGGCUUGCGCCCUGCCGUGAGGGGAGACGGGCAGGCAGUGGGGUACGGAGGUAAUAGGGGGGAGAGAAGGGUGACUGACACGCCUGUGGCUCCCCUCUCGGCGCCUUUUCCACUUGUGGAAGCGGGGUCCCCGUGGGAAGCUAGGAACUCGAGCGCCGCCGCCGUCGCCUUCUUCAAGCGCCUCUGGCUUCGCGCGGAGACCAAACUGUUGCUUCGCCCAGCAGCGUCCGCCGCGGUGCUGAGGCGCGCGCGGAGGAGGAGGAGGGUGGACAACGUGCAAAGCAAGGAAAAAGAGUUUUCUCCGGGACAGUGGGGAGCGACAGGACAGCGGGGAUCGGGAACGCGGGACGCCUCUCUCCUCUCCGCAGUUUGAGUCACGGAAGGAGCAGCUUCCCUUCUUCUCCUAGCGAUGCUAGCACAGUUGCAAAGCUAAGCAGGGUCCGGUGCGGCUCCAAGUUGGAUGGGAGACCGUGCCUGAGAUUCCUGCAUGACUUAAUGACCCUUAUGGACCCCUUGCAAUUCUGCAAUUCUAUGAUUUGCUUGCAUGCACUCUCCCUCUGAGCAUGAGUGUAGCCAGGAUUUAUGUUAGGGUGGGGGCCAGGACACCCAUCGGUCGCCCUCCUCUGUCUAGCAGAUUCGGAAGGAAAUGUCUCAACAGCAGUUGUUUCAAAUUACUUUCUUUGGAACCCAAGGCAGCUCAGAAAAAUCUGUCAAAAUCUUUCUACAAUUUCUAAGUAUUUUUAUUUAUUUACUUGAUUUUUGUGGUGGUGGUGGGGGCAGCCAACCCCUGCCUCUGCCCAUGCUUCUGGGUGGUGCUGUUUGGGGGAUUGGGCCCCAUCACCCUGCCCGGACAGAGUGUGAAAGUGUGAGUGAACAGACAGAAAUGGUGGCUGCUCCUCCGUUGGAGUUCCUGGUGGAGUUCCUGGGGUCACCUUUCGCUCCCUCUAGGUGACCCAGCUAGAACCAGGCUUCCUUUCAGCACUGCCCAAAGAGAGAAGGCUUUUUUUCCAGCAGGUAGAGCAAAGAUGGGAGCCUGUGGGCCCUUCCAGACUGGCAGCUCCCAUCUUUCCUAACCAUGGGCCAUGCUGGCUGAGGCUGAUGGGAGAAGUUGGAUCUAAAGGGCCACAGGUUUCUUCACCUUUGAGGUAGAGCCUUCCAGCAGUGCCGGAUUUAGGGCAGUGCAGGCUGUCGUCCCCCCCCCCACAGGGCGCCGAGCCAAGGGGGCGCAAAAUAAUAACGAAACCUAUUUGUCAUAUUGGGUGUGUGUGCCAAAAUUUGUCCUUGCUCAGGUUGCCGUAUUGCCCAAAUCCGCCCCUGCGUUCAGAGGGAGAGGGCAGGUGUGCAAUUAGAGAUGGGAGCAGCCGUGACCUGCCCUUGCCUUGUUAGCAAAGCUGGCAGGAUUGCCAACAAGGGAAGAAUGAACUUCUCAUCACCACCAAGAAGAAGUGUGUUUAAUUUAAUGUAUGGACUUCAGAGUAAGUGUAUCAUUGCAGCAGGCAAUUGCCCAUGUUCAUACGCUCAGGUCUCUGGGCUACUAAAUGCCUGUUUGUUGUUGUGACUGACUCUGAUGCAGCCAAGCUAGGGCAGAUGUUUGGGGUUUUUUGGGUAAUCCUCAUCCACAAUCCAUUGAGCGCCACCAUUUCGAUUUUCCUCUGCAACAUGUUUGGUUCUGAUGAAGCCAUUCUGGCAUAAGCUCUUACCUUUGCUUUAUUCAUCCAACCACCUUGGGGCCAACGUAAAAGUGUUUUCUCCCCUCUUUCUCCCGCUCUCUCUCUCUCUCUUUUUGCAGUUCCUGCACCCAUCAUUUGACUGCAAUGCUAACCUGGCUAGAAUGCACACAUACUUCUUCUUCUUCUUCUUAAAAAUCCAGACAGUGGGUCCUUCCAGACGGUUGCUAAUUUGAGGGUGGUAUUCAACCACAUACUGGCAAAUUCAGUUUGUGCAAUUAAAGUGAACAUGGUGCUCUUGCACAACAGAACUCGUGAUACCUCGGUUUACAUACGCUUCAGGUUACAUACUCCACUAACCAGAAAUAGUACCUCAGGUUAAGAACUUUGCUUCAGGAUGAGAACAGAAAUUGUGCUCCAACGGGGCAGCGGCAGCAGGAGGCCCCAUUAGCUAAAGUGGUGCUUCAGGUUAAGAACAGUUUCAGGUUAAGAAUGGACCUCCGGAACGAAUCAAGUACCUAACCCGAGGUACCACUGUACUGGCAAAUGCUCAAUAAACAGCUGAUGUUGUAUAACCUCCCUGCAAACUCUGUGCAAACCAAUCAGAAUGAAUGCUCAAGAGACAGGUUGUCUUAAGUUAGGGCUGCGGCACUGCCUUUGUUUUUGCACUGAGUGCCUUGUCCCAGUCGCCUUUUCAAUCACUUUGUGAUCGCUAGCCAGCUCACUUCAUGGGCAGGCAGUAGCACUGGAAAAGGCUGAAUCCUUGGCUACUGGAGAGUGGAAAGAAUUGCAAUAAGGCUCCAACCCUGAGAGAUAAUAUUACUAACAGGAGUGGAACUGCCUUCUUUUGGGAUAUAUGUUUACAAGAGCGCCUGGACAGCCAGAUAUAUUUAAACCAGGAUUCAGUAAUAAUCCUGGGUGACUUGUAAGGCUGAAACCUAAUCAUUCAUUUGGGUGACUGCAGACUGGGAUUGAGCCGGGGCUCUUCGUUGCAUUGUCAGGCCGCAGAUAAGAUGCAAAAGGUUGGCUUCUUCCCUUAUCUUGGACCUCCCUUGUGACAAUCAGAGGGCGGCUCUUUAAGGAACGGUGUCCCUAAGGAUGAGACUCUUUUUGUCAGCCAUGCAAAGUAUUAUACACUUAAGCAGCCGUGCUACCCUAACCUCUGUACCUACAUUCAUUUGGAAGUUGGCUAAUGGUACAUAACAUAAAAUAAUAAUUGUGACUACAACAACAAUAAUAACGCCAAUGAAUUCGCGGCAAUCUUUUCCAUUUACUGUUGAGCGGGAAGGCUAGCAAAUAGACGUAAUUGAUUAUAAGCCAGAGUUUGAAGUCACUGAGCCUUGUGGGCAAAUGCCUAUUGCAAGGCAAAUUGUUGGCUAAUCGAUGCAUGAAAUAGAGUGGCACCAAGUGGAGAUUAAAUGCUCUAAGGUUCGCCACUGCUGAGGCCGAUAACAGUGAUGAAUUCACUGUGUUAUCAGAUAUAGCCAGGAGCUAAAGUCUCUCUCUGUGUGUGUUUUGCUACUUGCAUUGUGUCUACCCUCUAAACUGCUCUGGAUUUGAGAACUGUUCCGAGAUUUUCCAAAUUAAGGGUGGUGCGUAAAUGACCUAAAAAAAACCAACUAAAUAAAGUACCGGUACAUGCUUGUCUGAGAAAUUUUUAGUAAAAUUUCUGUAACACGAUACUUGCAGCUUGUGGUGGCUUUUCAUUGUAAGUGUGUUACUGGGAAUGGCUGGAUAUUACUUCUUUACAACAUUAAUUGUCCCUUCACUAAGGGUGGAUCUACACACGGGGGGACGGGGGGACACGACGCUAUAAAUAAGUCAGAAAUUAAAUUUUUAUAACAAAAGAAAAAAAAACACUAUGGAAAAUCGCAAAGAAUGUUUUUUGCUCUUCAGCGCCAUCCUGUGUUGCACGUAUAUAAUGCAUUCAAAACGCUGUUUUCUGACUAAUGGAGCUGAGUCCUAAGUCUGAGGACCAAGCUAGAUGUGAUGGCAGUGGAACCGUUCGUUUAAACAGGGCUCUUUUUAAACAAAAAGGGGACAGAACUUGGUAGCAUAAUUAGCUGGCCUCAGGGAUUGUGGACUUCAUUCCUUGCCUGCAGCUCACUUGCCUACAGUCUAUGUCUCAAGGUGCUCCUUUUCCUCAUUCCAGCUGCGAAUAAAGUGCUUGGAGAGAGAGCGCAGUGAGGAGGCAGCCAUUGGUUUGGGUCAGGAUUCGGCAUUCCUCAUGCACAUCAUCCUUUUACUGCUGAGCAUAUUUUUCCUGCCUUUUUUUCUACAUCAGGAUUUGCACAAUUUUCACAGAGCUUCAAGGGACCAUGAGGACCAACCCCCUGCAAUGAAAGGAAUCUUUUGCCCAACAUGGGGCUCAAACUCACAACCCCAAGAUUAAGAGUCUCAUGCUCUACUGACUGAGGUACCUGUAGCUGAUGGGCCAAAUGUGGCCCCCAGUUCCGUCUGGCCAGAUCUCAGAUCUCAUCAUAGCCCACAUUCAAGAUGGAAUACGCCCCAAACUAUGACAGUGAUUCACGUUUGCAUGUUUGCCAUGGUGCAAGAUUGGCAGGCAGGUGGAAGCGUCUAGCUUUUGUGUGGCUUGAUUGCAACCUCCUUUGCAAAGGUGAGAGUCAACCCCAUCGUUCCACCCACUUUUGCUUCUGAUCCCACCCACUUGGCCUCUGGCCCUGCCAGCCGUUUGCUUCUGACGCUCAGAAGGUUAUUUGUGAGAAAAAAUGUGGUGCUUCAGCUGAAGAAGGGUCCCCACCCCUCUCCUGCUUCAAGAGGGCUUAAGAGAACAAGUCAACAGUGUAAACUUUUCCACUUUAAAUUACAUGCCCUUCAUUCUUCCAGUGUAGGAAGAAUAAGAUUUUGCAUACAGCAAUCUGAACAAGAGUACUUCUGAUACUGUUAAUUUGUGUCAGAACAGUUGAUGUUACAGGUAGGUAGCCAUGUUGGUCUGCUGUAGUCGAAACAAAAUAAAAAAUUCCUUCCAGUAGCACCUUAGAGAUGAACAGUUGAUGUUAUCUUUAUUCUUGUUUAUACUUACUGGGGCAGCAGAAGAUUAGUCACACGUGUAAAAAAUAGUUUCAACUGGAAGAAACAUUCUCUGCCAUGAGAAAAGACUCAGAUUUGGUCACAUGCAUGGCAUACAUUUAAAGCACAUGGCUUCCCCCAGAGAAUUAUGGGAACUCUUGUUUACCCACCCAGAGAGAGCUACAAUUCCAAGCACCCUUGGCAAACCGCAGUUCCCAGGAUACCAUGUGUGGUGUGGAUAUGCCCAACCAACUCAAAUGAAGUUUUUCUGUUAUCAGCUCCAUUGAUAUUGGACUUUUAAUGUGUCUCACCUGUGAUUUGAAUUAAGAUAUUGUCUGAAAGCCAAAGCAACAACAACCUAGGAACAUUCUGAAUUAAAAUUCUACACCACGUGUCACAUUCUCCAAUGAAAUAUUCUGGACAUUAUUCCCAACUCAUUCCAGCUACUUAAUUAUGCAAUGUGUGAAAUAGAGGAAAACAUGCUUGAUAUAGUGCUUAUGGCUUGGUGGCUAUUGAUAGCAACAUGGGUAUUUUUAUCUUUCCUCUCUUUAUAUAAGUUUUGGAUGUGCACUGGAAAGCAAAAUGAAAAUAUACCCUGUACCAGGCUGCAAAUCCUAGAUUUGUCUAGGUUGGACUCUUAUUUUACUUUCAGUCCACUGUAAUCAAGACAUUUCAGGGACUUUGAAGGCGCCUGCUCGUGGCUUUACGAGAUCAAAAAUCACUUUGGCUCUUUUCCUGCUUUCAGAAUGCAAACAACGUUUGCAGGCGUGGUUGGUGCAACUUUUGCAGUGGCCCAAACAUGCAUGCACAAACUCCUGUAAUGAGGGCAGUGUAGAUAUAGGAAUACCGGGGGGGCUGUGCCCCCGCCCACUCUGCUCAUCAACUCCCCACCAACCCCUCCAGAAGACACUUUUAUUUGCUGAAUUAUCUGCCCAAUCAUCCCCACAAGGCCGGUGUGGUCACACUGGGUGCCACACUGCAGGGGCGCCAAACAGUGCUGCAGAACGGAGUGCAGGAGGUAUGGCUGGGAUUUGAACCUGUGACCAUCUGCAUGCAAAGCAAGAUGCGCUACCAUUGAACUAUGGCUCCCCCAGGUGUACAACCCAGUUUCUGAGCAUGGAAUGUCCCCUCUGGAUCUUGGCAAGUGUGCUUUUGCUGCCACAGGUCAAUGAAACUGCUUUUCUGAAAUCCUUUAUGCUUUUGGGGGGGGGGGAGGAAAGCUUCAUUUGCAUUGUGUUCCCAGUACCAAUAUCUUCGCAACUGAUUCUGUAUUGAAUUGUCUAGACUAGAAGACAAGAGGCUGAGAUAUGGUGACUCUGCACAGCUGUGUAUCGUUUUGUUGGCCGACAUAUUGAAGUAUCCAGUCAUCCCAAUCAAGGCUCAAUCCAGUAAUCUCUGCUGACUUCCAAUCCUGCUCUUGGUAUAUACUGCCCGGGUGAAGAGCAAAGCUUAAGGGGGAAAGGAUAUGAUGGUGACGAAAGGAGUUGGCACAUACAUAUUUAGUAACUAGUAUGGAGACCGGCUUUAUAAUGUCUUAAAUGCUGAGAUUAUUUCCUCAUUACAGGCUGAGAUGCCAACUCUUUAUUUAGUCCUCAACUCCGGGAGUCUUUAAAUGAAAGCUUUGUCAUGACGUUUCUAGGUUAGAUACCAUGUAUAGACUUCCUAAACCGUAAUUUCAGAAGAUCUUAAAUUAUGAAAGUCUCCAGAGUCUAAAUUUGUGGUAACUAGAGAUGUACUGGGUGUCUGCCCUUAACAGGUUUUAGCAUGGCUGCAGUAGCUUUGAACUAGAGGAGUAUGGUACAAAAAUGGCCCACAAUGUCUAACAUUAGCAUUGCAUAAUAUUGUCUUUCCGUGUGUGGCUCGCCUCUGUUGACUUUUAAUUAUUUACUCACGCCUGGGAAGUAAUAAAGUGAUGAUAAGACACACUUGUGGACUGCUUUUCACUUGGAUUAUUCAAAGGUAUCUUCUGUACAAUAUAUUUAAAUAGUUGCAGUAUUCAAUAGACAUUGUUACGAUUGGCCAACACACCAAUCAAACUAACUUGUCAGAUGUUAUGUGAUCAUGGUCAAAUAUUAUCCAGUCUUUCAAACAGCUGAUGAUGCUUGAACAAUUGAGGUUUUGCCUACUUGGCAGAAUUGCCUUUGAAAACCAGCUUUAAAAAAAUGCUAUUGCUUUCCAUUAUUUCUGUUUAUAAAUUUAUUUUUCCUAUUAUUAUUAUUAUUAUUACUCUUGGCACACUUUCAUAGGUAGUUAUUUUUCUUGGAAAUGUUAAUAAAUAUUGCACAAAGUAUUUCCCCCCAACUCUAUCUUUUUAUAAAUUAUAGAAUCAUAGAAUUGUAGAGUUGGAAGGGACCCCAAGGGUCAUCUAGUCCAACCCCCUGCAAUGCAGGAAUCUCAGCUAAAGCAUCCAUGACAGAUGGUCAUCCAUUCUCUGCUUAAAAACCUCCAGGGAAGGAGGGUCCACAGCCUCCCAAGGGAGACUGUUCCACUGUUGAACAGCUCUUCCUGUCAGAAAGUUUUCCCACAUGUUUAGUCACGAUUCCCAGGUAAGAUCCUCCCCCUAGUGUGUGGGCAGGGUGGUCCCUCCCCCUACCUGGCCUGAUCACCUUGGCAACACCUCCCCAGGCGGGAUUGGGCAACUGGCUGAGGUAGGUGGAGACCUCCAGGUACCCCACCUGGGGAAGGUGAAGCCAAGCCUGUGUUAAUGGUGCUGCAUAGGGUCCAGGGGGCUGCGCGCGACCACGCAAAGGGAGCCCCCCAUUUAAUGUGGGGAGCAGUCAUUCUUGUAACUUGAAGCUGUUGGUUCAAGUCCAGCCCUCCAGAGCAGGAGAAAGCAAGCUUGUUCCUUCUUCUAUGUGACAGCCCUUGAGAUAUUCGUAUGUAUGUAUGUAUGUAUGUAUGUAUGUAUGGAAUCCAGAAAUGUUUUGUGUCUUCAUUUUUACCAGAAAUCUUGCAUAUUCCAGCGCAGGAAAGAUAUACUUACCUUUUUUUCUUCUUCUUAAAGAAUAAGCCUGCAUGUUCUAGUGUUUAAAAAAAGAAAGAAAGAAAAUGAAAACCAUUAAUUUUGUGAACCAGCACUCCAUCAGAGAGAUCCGGUUGCAAACCCUUUCCCUACAAAUCAAUUUGCAUUUUGCAUUGUUACACUAAAUGGAAAGUUAAUGAUUCAUUGCUGUGUGUAUAAGAUGACCACAUUAUUUGUGCUUGAGGGCUUCCCACAGGCAUCUGGUUGACCACUGUGAAAACAGGAUGCUGUGCAAGAGGGGGGCCUUUGGCCUGAUCCAGCAAGCACUUCUUUAUGUGAAAGGAACAUUAUCAAACCCCAAUCAAAACGUUUGUCUUCAUAUUUCACAUUUAUGUUCUUGUUUUCUUGGCAUUCUUGGUAGUUCCUCUAGUUCCAUGCAGCUGCUUCUUCCAAGUUACCUAUUGACUUAAAAGGUGUGACCGCACCCAGUGGCAGAGGAACCCUUUCCGGCACCCAGGGUGGGACGCUGAGGGAUGGGGCAAACCACCCGGCGGCGCAUGUGCGACAUCUGUAUGGACUGCGCAUGCGCGGCAGCCCGUACGGAUGCUACGCGAACGGCGCCCAUACUAACUGUGCAUGCGCCCUCGGCUGCUCUACAGCUGGGGGGGGAGCAGCUGGCCAUCUUGCCAACCCCCCUAGAGUGGUGCCCAGGGUGGACCACCCCUCCGCCCCCCUUCGUAUGCCCCUGAUCGCACCCAUGAGCUUGGCCAUGUUGCUGAGAAUGCAAGGAGACUAAUCCUCAUAGCUGCUUCCCAUCUCCCAGUUUUGUAUCUUGGGAAGGCUCCUUAUCAAGUCACGGGGUGCAAUUCAACAUUGCAUUUGUUCCAUCUGUGCAAGCAGUUCGGCUUGCCAGACAGAAUGAUACACCCACGCACCCUGUAUGCCAUUUUAGGGGUUCUGCCCACCCCACCCCAAAGCCUUUUGCAGGGGAUGUGGGGGGCAUGAAGCACUACUGUGCAAGAUGAGCACCUUUCUAGAGAUGAUAUCGUUAUCCAUUGUGCACUUCAGGACUUGAAACGCAUGUGGGGUAGUGAGACACACACCUUCAGCUGAAAUCCUGGUCGGUGGCUCUGUGAGAAUACAGCAGAAGCAAAGCAGGAAGUUGAGUACACAGUGUCUGUAAAGAACAGGCAGCAUGUUCUUUUUCCUGUGAAUAACAAUGCAGGCAAGGUGUUUCUGCCAUGGGAAAGUUCUGGUCAGGCAAUAUCAACAGAAUUACCCAGAGUCCUGAAAACUAGACAGGACAGGGAUUGCUUAUACCCUCCUCUGCAAAUAACAUAAGUUCCACCUGACCUUAAAGGCUGUGCAUUCAAACACACCUCUGGAAAAAGUAACAUUGGUGCCCACCAAUAUCAGACCCUCCAAGUGUCCCUCUUUUCCAGGGGCAGGCCUGGAUUUACAGCAGCCAUCCCGGUUUCUGAUUUGAUCCCGGAAUGUCCGACUUUUCUUUAGGACAUCCCUAUUUCAUUGGAGAAAUGUUGGAGGGUAUGAAGUUAUGCGACCCCCCCUGAGCCAAGGAGAUAAGUAACUGUAUAUCCUUUAGAAGACAUCUGAAGGCAGCCUUCAGUUUGUUUUAAUGUUUUAUGCUUUAUUAUGUUUUUAUAUAAAUUUAUAUAAAUUAAGGGGUGGCAGAGAUCUUUCAUGGAAUCCCACAAUGAAACAAAUGAGCCCGUCCUUUUCCAACCUUGCAAUUCUUCCUUGGGUAAGUAGGAGCAUGUGGAGAUGAGCUCCAAUGGAUCACAGUCAUGGAGGUCCAGUGCUCUUCUUCAACAAGGAAGGGUCUGGCUCAGAGGAGCCCCAAAGGUCACCAGCUAGUCUUUGAUUCAGUUGUUUUGAGGCCCAGAAAAAGGGCCAAAAUGUUUGGGUGGACUGACCCAGGGAAGCUUAACAGCACACAUGUGAUUCUUGACAUAGUUGUUGGAGGCCUCCUUCCUCUGUUCAUUUACCUUGGGCAAGGCUUUAUAGGUUGCUCAAUCAAGCAAAGCAUCCUCUCUGUUUAUAGGGCUUCGUAUCCCAAGGAGACUCCUGCCCUCUCUGUCUGGCCCUCAGGACUCUCCCCAGACCACACCACUUCUCCUGAGGCCAUGUCCCUCAGCAGUCUUGCUUCACAGCCUCCUUGAGUGUUUUUUUUUUUUUUGCCUGACUGGAAUGUGCCCUUGAACUCUGAUGAUAUCUUUCGCUUGCCUAGAUGAGGGAUGAGAGGUCUGUGUAGAAACCAGCAUAUGAUACAAAGGUAAAUUGUAAAUUUGUUGCCUCUGGCUCUGCACAAAAGCUUGUCCAGAAACAAAAAAAUGCAGUCCUCUGGCUGACACAGGUUCCCUCACCAUUGGCUACUGUAUUCCUUCCUCUUCCUUUAAGUCUUCAAACUCUGAAGUUACCUCACAGGGAACCUGAUUCUUCAUGCGCUUGCCAACACACUGUUGACAGGAACAAGAAGAGGACAGGAUCAGACUGGUAGGGAAUGAGCAACACUAGUGCUAUUUGAGUAGCUAUAGCAACUAGGGAGGAAAAUUGUGAGUUCUAUGGUUCGCAAGUGAUAGAGGGAUAAGGAGAGGCCUUAGUUGCAUAAAUUGUGGCAGGUCUGCUGCUCUUCCCAAAAGUAAUGGCCUACCUGACUCAAAGGUGACGGCUUCAAGCUUAGCAAACAUUUCCUUCUUGCACCUUUCACCACUGUGUACCAGAAGGGAUUUCAGCAGGUUUACCUGGCAUUAUAAACUACACCUGCUGAAAUGCCACUUCCUAUACUUGGGGUGGACAGAAGGUAGGGUGGUAGAUCUUUGGAUGAUUUGAAGUUGACCAUCAAGGAUGCUAGACUCCCAGUAUUUAACAAUGACAACAACAAAAUGCCCCCGUCCCUCCACAUUACAGUGCUGAAAUGAAGGAAGCGGAAGCAAAGGUUACCAGGAUUAGAUUGUUGUGUGGAAGAGCUGCAAGGUCCAUUCAGUUCUGGGAUUUAGAACUAUUUCCUGGUCACAAAGUUCUUUAAUUCUAAGUGGACAUCUUUUGUACCUGGCUCCAGUUAGAUCUUGGGGUUCAGUGGGGGGCGGUGAAAUGAAGUUGGUUCUCACAAGCUGAAGGCUGCCCUCACCUCUGUUCCACACAGUUGUUGGAAGUGUGGGAGCUCUGUCAACAUUUUCAUCCAACUGCCCAUGUGCUCUGGGAGGAACGCAGAACCUGAGCGACUGUGUCACAAUUAGCACACAGUGUGCACAUUUUAAGUUAGAAGCGGUGAGCGACGCCUGCUUAGCUGACUCUUGUGUCCCUAAAUAAAGCUAGCAACCUAGGAGAGUGAAAAUUAUUACCUAGCAUACAAAUUAUAGAGAAUAUAUGCAAAUAUACAUAACAAACACGACUCCUAGUGAAACAGAACUUGCUUUUAAGGUUGCGGCAGAAUUGCCACUCCUAAUCUCUUAAACAUUUGAUUGAUUGAUUGAUUGAUUGAUUGAUUGGCCUGAAGGGUUUCCAAAUGUUUCCCCUGAGGCUUGGGAGUUCUUAAAGAACGGGGCAGGACUCCUUAGUAAAACUGGGAAAGGCUCAGGUGCCUCUUGCUCAUCACAUCAAAUAUAUGUGCCUGAUAUUGCGACCAAUACGGUGGGAUAGAAAUGUAAUAAAUUUAGUAAAUUCCAUGUGAUUAAAUCCAUGGACGGGACAUUUGGGACAUUUAAUUACAUAAAUAAGCCGUUUGUAAAGGCAUUUAUAUAUUUAAUUUACACUCUGGGUUUUUGUUUUUUUAAAUAUUAACGGGCACUCAGAAUGUCUUGCCAUAAAAUGACAGAGUAUCUGAUUCAUUUGGAAGAGUGUUGAAUAUGCUUGGAUCUGGAGUCUGACACGUGGCUUGCUUGUGGCGUGUAGGAACUCUUAAAACGGGGCAUUUCCAUAUAAGGACUCUACCUAAAAACAUCAAGGUUCUGAAACCGGAGUAAAAGGCAUAAACGUGCACAUAAAUGGAUUUAGCUUGCCUGCUUUGCAUAACCUGUGCAGUUGCAUGAUUUGACUUUUGAAGGUGAGAAAUAUUUGUUUGGGACAGCUUCGUUAUCCAUGGCAAUUCCAAGAUGGCACCACUCCUAUCCUCCAUUUUUUUUAACCUUCCUUUCUUUUUCUCUCCCCCUUAGGAUGCCAUACUCUAAUCCAGGAUGAAUGAAUGUCACUAUGAUAAACGCAUGGACUUCUUCUAUAACAUGAGUAACACAGCCACAGCAGAUGAGUGGACGGGGACAACUCUCGUCAUUGUCUUAUGUUUUGGGGCCUUCUUUUGCCUCUUCAUUUUCAUCUCCAAUUCACUGGUCAUAGCCGCUGUGGUCAAAAACAAGAAGUUCCACUUCCCUUUCUACUACCUGCUAGCCAACCUAGCAGCUGCGGACUUCUUUGCAGGCAUCGCUUAUGUAUUCUUGAUGUUCAACACUGGCCCAGUCUCCAAAACGCUAACUGUUAACAGGUGGUUUUUGCGACAGGGACUUCUGGACACUAGCCUGACGGCUUCUCUGGCCAACUUGCUAGUCAUUGCCGUUGAGCGCCACCUGUCUGUUGUUCGGAUGAGGGUCCACAGCAACCUCACAAAGAAGAGGGUCACCUUUUUCAUUUUGUUGAUCUGGGCCAUAGCUAUUUUCAUGGGCGCAGUGCCCACCUUGGGCUGGAACUGCCUGUGUGACAUCUCAACCUGCUCUUCACUGGCUCCUAUUUAUAGCAGGAGUUACUUGAUAUUUUGGACCGUCUCCAACCUGGGGGUUUUCUUCAUUAUGGUGGUGGUGUACAUAAGAAUCUACAUGUACGUCCAGAGGAAAACGAAUGUUUUAUCUCCGCACACAAGUGGAUCCAUCAGCCGCAGGAGGACUCCAAUGAAACUUAUGAAGACAGUCAUGGCGGUCUUAGGUAAGAGGAUGUGGAGGGCAGAUGUGCUUGUGUUCAGUUUGAGAAGGAUGGUAGAUCUUGGUUGAGCCACCUGUGGUUACAUUUCCAGUGAUUAGGGCCCACUUUGUCCUUAUCGUAGGAUGGGGGUUCGGGGAUGUUGGGAUGGAAACUCACCAUGUGUCUUCAGCUGCAAGAGGGUGUUAUUACUCCAUGCCUCAUCCUUUCUCUUGGAUCUAUGUUCGUGGUGCCAUGGGAGGCCUACACAGCCAUUGACCUGAUUAUUGGCUUUGGGCUGCUUAUGAAUCAUUAGGCUGCUUAUGAAUAAUAACCAGCUUUAGUUUACAAAGUGGGUAAACAGAGCCAUUUAAACUGCAGAUGGAGGAUGUAUCUACCUGCAAGCUUCUUGCAUUCCCAGCAUGCUGAAAAAUUAUAAAUGUGAGGUAUGGUAACAACACCCUCCCUUCUUCAAAUGCAAUAUCUUAGGAGGUGGCUUGUGCAUUUCUCCUCCUUUAGGGUUUCUGACAUUCAUGCUGAUAGCUUGACUUCACACCCAACCCUACUAUUCUGCUCUAGGGUUUGUGAUAGUCAUGCACAGGGAUGGACAGAUCUGUCAAUUUUGGCUCUCUCGGUUCCUCAUUUUUCCAGUUUUAAAUUCGGUUCUCCACAUUUCUGCAGCCAAAAAUAAAAUCACCAAGAAAAUUCACUAGCAUUUUAGUGUGAAUUCAUAAACACAUUUUUACAUGCAGUUUUGACUACUUCUUUGCAAUCAUUUUCUCCUAAUACAAUGCAUAAUUUGUGUGUUUUUUUCUUUUAUUAAUAUUGUAUGUUCAUUUUAUGCACACUUUCCUCUAAUAUAUGCAUUUUAGUCAGCAUUUGUUUAGUGAACUGCAUCACAAAAUUUGUAGAAGUUGCGUUUUGGUUCUCAUAUUGUUUCAUAAAGUGCGAAUUUGAUAGCUUUAAAUACAAGCUGAAUUGAAUUUUAAUCCCAUCCCUAGGUCAUGCACAGGUGAUGGAUACACUGACGGGAAACCUAAGAACUAGGAAUAGCAGCAAUAUGUCUGAUUGCAUUAAUUGGCACCAACAGCUUUGCAACAAAGAGCAAAAGAUCCCAAGAGGAAGCCCAAAGUCUCACAAACUAUAUGAAGCUUGUUAGUAUACUUGGUAGUAGUACAAGGAAAAAAAUUAGGUUGGAAUCAGGCUUUAACCUAAAUAUAUGGUCAUCUGAGAUGAGUUGGAAUUGCCUCCAGGCACAUCAACUCUUGUAAACUUGGGGGGUGGGUGGGUAGGGAAAGAGAAGCUAGUUCACUCUUUCUGUCAGGCUAAUAAUAAUAGUAAUAAUAGUAAUAAUAAUAAAUUUCUUACACACCCUUCACUCUAACGUCCUGGCCAUAAAUGAUGUGGCUGGGCUGAUGCCCUGGUUUUUAAAAAUAAAUAAACCAACCAAUCUGUGGGCUUGUUAACUUUUGUUCACUGCGUCCCAAAAUAUUGAGAUGGGUUCAAUCUACUCCAUAGAUUGGCCCUUUAACCCUUUUUUGUGGUUAUCCUUUCAGCUACAGCUUUAGGAAGGCUAUAGGAUGGGUAUGAUUUGAGUAAAAUGGGGAUGGGAGUUGGGUGUGUGUGGAACUUGGGGGUUUCAUUAAGUGCCUUUUACCGCAAUUCAGCCACAGUAUUAAGAGGAAGGUUUGGUCCCUUCCAACUUGAAAUGCAGUCCUUUUAUAAGUAAGGCCAGUCUAGAAUCUCUCUGGUGGUUUAUUGGCACUGUGAUAGAUCUUAACUUCCCCUGUUUAUAAAGCGUAUCACCUUCUACCCAUUCCCUCUCCCCAGAGCUCAUUCUCCUCACAAUCAUUAUAUUGCUCUGUCCCUAGUGCCCAGGUUCUGAAAACCUGCUGAGAUAGAGCCUCUAUUCUAAUUAUUGGCAGGUGAACCCUGUCCCAUGAUUGGAAGACUCCAAAUACAGCUUCCUUCCCUGAUGUAGUACCUUCUUGUUUAUCUUGGGCUACAACUUCCUGUUGUCCUUGGCCAUGCUAGCUAAGGGGCUGAUGGGAGCUGCAAGCCAGAACAUCCGGAGGGCACCACGUUGAAGGUUGGGGAAGGCUGUUAUACAGAACGCCUUUAUAUCCAAACCAAAUCUAGUAUUGAAUUUUCAUUCUCACCGGCUUGGGCAUCUACAGUGUGCAGUGCAAAUAUUAUAACAGUCAAGGAAUGCUAAGUGAGAUGAGGUGACCCUGAGCAUCUUGCCAUGGCUGUUAUUCAUGUUGCAAUUGCCUGUCAGGCACCGAAUAGCUUCUUUCAUAACCAUGCCAUGUCCUUUUCACAGGAGGUAACAAAAGAAAGCAUUGCUGUGCCUUGGGGGAGACCACUACUGACCCUAUUGUAACAUUGCAAGAUAUCUGUAACAUGGAGGACGGCCUCUCUUUUCAUAGUCCGAAUGCUUCGCCCAUUUAUCUAUUGAAUGCCAGACCCAAGGACUCCGCUGCUUAGGUCUGGCAUCAGAAUUUCUCAAGGAGGCCUUGUUUUCUCGUAGCGCAACACAAAGUAUGUGUGGGAAAGGCGGAGGGGGACGGGGACCCAGCUAUUAGAUCUAAACAAAUACAUUGUGGUUGACAUAGUGAAUUCAAAGUAGGGAUUGUCUUCUACAAUACAGCUGUCCCAUUGCGAGGCACGUUUGUUUUUCCACUGGGUCAAUUCAGCUGACUUUAGUAGAUACAAAACGAUAGCUUUGGGUAGAGCAGUCCCCCCCUCCCCACCUUGGGGCUCCAGCUGCUUUUGGACUACAAUUCCCAUCGUCCUUGACCACUGGUUCUGCUAGCUAGGGAUGAUGGGAGUUGUAGUCCAAAAACAGCUGGAGAUCUAAGUUUGGGAAGCACUGGGGUAGAUGGACAUAGCAAGCUGCCUUAUACUGAGUCAAGCCAUUGGCCCAUCUAGUUCAGUACUGUGUACUCUGGCUGGCAGCAGCUCUCCAUGGUUUCAGAUGGUUUCCCAGCCCUACCUGGAGAUGCCUUGGAUUGAAACUGGGACCUGUUGUAUGCAAAGCACACUUACCAUUUUACCACUGAGCUAUGUCCCUACCCCAUAUAGUCUUAUAUUAUUGACUAUUACCAUUGGUAGGAGGCAACACAAUCUGUUUGCUUAAAGCAAAACCAUGAUGUGCAUUCUGGGAGGUUAGAAAUCCUCCCACGCCUCUCUCUUUUCUUCCCUGGGUGGUUUACAUUUCCUCUCCUUCUUUUCCCUGCCUGUUUGGACAUGCUGGGAGACAGGUUACAGGACACCAGAACCAACACAGUCCCAGCAAAAGCUUUGCUCUCUUAUUUGUCAAAUCUUACGCAUCUAUAGCAUCAAGAUGUGUUUUGAGCCAUGGUUUGUUCAGGCUUCUUAGCCCCAUAAUUUUUCUUCAGGAAUGCCGAAGUCACAGUAAAAAGCAACAGCACCUUUCUCUUACUGCUGAGUAAUCCACAAUAAAUGGCCACACUUCUGAUAUCAGAGAAAGACUUUCUAAAGUUAGAGGGUGUGGAAUUUCUUUUUAGUGACUUUUAACUAUACUACUACAAGGAGCAGGUUACAAAUGGAAGAAGGGCUUUAUGGUUUGGUUGUGUGUAUGUACCUAGAUAAUUGUAUUUCGGGGGCUUUGUGGUUUGUUUGUUCAUGUGUGAGUGUGUGCGCAUGUGCACAGAUGCAUUGUGCCUCCCAUCUCCUGAUGGCUGGAACAUGUCCACUGUGAGGGGCAUAUCUUCAACCCCCUCAGUGCAGUACUUCCUCUUUUCCUGUAUGAGGGAACGUCAUCCAUUCACUUAUAAGGGAGAGGACAAAGAAGUACAGGGUACCUCGGUCUACGAACUUAAUUCAUUCCGGAAGUCCGUUCUUAACCCAAAGUAUUCUUAAACCGAGGUGCGCUUUCCCUACAGAGGCUGGUGCCCUUCCACCCUUUGGCUUCCAAGGCAACGUUUGCUAGCUGGAACACCUACUUCCGGUUUUGCGGAGUGUGUUGCCCAAAUAGUUCGUUAACAGGGCUGUUCAUAGACCGAGGUACCACUGUACACCUAGUGGGGAGUGGGGUACUAUUUUGGGUCAAUAUCAAACUUGCCUUUGGUGAUUCCGGUUCCUAGAGUUCCGGCUAGCUUUUGCUGUAUCUUGGCGGUGACCUAGAUUGUGCCCUUUUGACUUUGUCAGUGGAGAAUCCUUGCUUAGAGCUAACUUUUCUCUGCAUAGCCUGAGGCCUUCUGAUGCCAUUUCAGAUUGUGGUGCCAAUCAGGGACCGCCAACGUGUUGCCCUCCAGAUCCUAUUAAGACUGCUACCCUUGUGCUACAGUGAGGCAUAACCUUUAAAAAUUAGUUUUUAAAUACAGAGAAGAUGCAACCCUAAAUACCUACCGUAAGCUUUUGAACUCUAUAUAUCUACGACCCACCCACCCACAAAACUAUUGCACUUUUUACCAGCAGCAUGGCAGGCUGAAAUUUAAGAAGCGAAUACUGUUUUCCUGGCCUGAAUACACAGUGAUAACGAGAACUUCAGUUGCUGAAUUUCUGCAGUCAUUACAGGGGCAAAGAGUCUUGCCAGGGAAAGGGGGCUUCAACCCUAAUUCUGAAAACUUGUAGCGGCAAUUGGUUUUUAUUACUUAGUUUUUAAAGAUACCUGAGCAGGAAAGCAAGUAGAACGAAUACCCAAUAAGCCUUCCUCAAAUAAGUACUGCUAACAAGAAUUGCAAUUGCCUCUGGAUGAAAGGUUCCCAGUGCACAUAUUUGCACUGAUUCAAGUAUGUUUUGCUGCCUUUCAGUGGGAAAGCAGAGCCCGCUGGUGCAAACCGCUUGUAAAAUAAUGCACUGCUGUGACUUUACCCAGCUCAUACCGAAAUGGAUGGCAACGCUCUCCAUAAAUUUUGGCAGGGCCAGAUAAGGGCUUAGUUUCACAGUAAGCUAUAGCCUAUUAAUUUGCUCAGGAGAGCAGCAUUUUCACUCCAGUCAGACGUCAUGCCAGUUGCUUUUCAGAUGUUUCUGAUUCCUUUUCCUAUUAUGUUGGGAGAUUAGAAUCUAGCUGGGUUUCUUUAAAUGACAGUUUCCACUCUCUGGAAACUACGUAUUUUAGUCACAAUGCCUUCAAUUUAUUUUGAGUGCCUUCCUUUUUAUCUGAAACGGUUUUCUGGUUGUCAGCCGUUGAAGAUGUUUAGACUUGUAGCCUGUGUGAGAAUUCAUUUCAUAUUUCCAUUUCCUAGAAAACAGACCAGAAAUAGUUCUGCAUUAUUGCCAUUCUGCCUGCUUCUUUCUGUUCCAACGUGAUACCAACAUCUAGAUUACAAGAACCCUUUCUAGGCUGCCUUUUUCAGCAUCCUGUUUUCCAGAGCUAACCUGAUCCAUAAAUAAGGGCUAGCUGACCCUCUUAUUCUACUGCUCUCCAGCAGCUGGCAUUCUGAGCCAUGGUGCCUCUCAUCUUGUUUUACAGCCACCAAUAGUUGUAUCCUCCUCCCCUACAAAAAAACUUUCCGAUUUGAUAGUCCUCAUUCACUACAUCUUGUGGUGGUGAGUUCCUUGGCUUAGCUGUGCUCAGUGGGAAGAGGCACUUCCUCUGUCCUGGCCCACAUCUACACCUUUCAGCUUUAUUGGUUGACCCCGUGUCCCAGAAUUACGAGAAAAAGAAGAAAAACUCUUAUCCGCCCAUUGUCUUAUUAUUAUGAUUGACUAGCAAAUAUUUCCACCGAGUCAAUUUUAUCAUGCGCUCUCAUAUCUUUGGAUAAUGAUAGCUGUCUUCUUGGGAGGCUUACCCAAUUGAGUGGUAGAGAAAUUUAGAUAACGUUAGACAGAAAUUACUUGCUGCGGUUGCCAGUUCCAUUGACCUACGUGUGCAAUGUCUGUGUUACUCUGACCCUUGGACAGAUAGGGGAGAGCCCUAUCAUCGACCCUUUUGUUCUUCUUCUUGCUCCUUUCCCCUCAUGAUUCCCCGCUCCCACUUGAGUUUCCCUUAAGAACACAGCAUGGAUCCCAACCCACAAUUCCAUAGUCCCCAGCUUUUUCUUUGUCCUGGACGUGAUCAGAUCCAGAUUUAGCAGAAAGUGAUCCAGAUAACCGCUUGUCUAUUCAAAUAUCCACUCAACAGAUGCUUCAUUGCGUUUGAUGGUUGUGUUGUUCCCUGCUUUUCCCUCUGAAAUGAAGCCUAAAGUAGUUAAUAAGUACAAUCAAUCAAUUGCACAAGUAAUCUAUGAAUAGAGGCACAGUGGUCCAAUGUGCACGUAAUGCCAAACCAUGGUUUAGUUCAGAAGCCUUUGCAAACCUAGGCGAUACUUUGGGCUCAAGCAGUCCCCUCUCAUGUUACCCCUGCAGUCAGGAGGCAGAAAUAAACCAGUAUUCAGUUGCACUUUAAGCAGUCCAGGUGAUCAGGAAUUCACUGUGCUUUCAGUUUCAUUCCUUGCCAUGUGAACUACGAAACGUGGUUUAAAAGGCACAAUCAUCAAUUUUAAAACAAGCCAACUUCCAACAAUGGGUUGAUACGCGGCUGGCUUGUUUAACAAGUAGGUGUUUUACGUGGCGGCUGGAUCAUGAUAAAGAGGUUUAUAAAAUAAAAUAUUUUCUUCCUUUCUUAUAAUAGUAGAACUCAAAAUCACCUAAUCAGUUGCCUAUAGGUUUGCAGGCAAGAAAAUAAAGUGUGCUGUUGUCUCAUGAAAUUCACUACUCUUCCAUACUCUUCUAGACUCUCAAAAGUUUGUGAGCAUGCUCAGACCUCGUUGAGCUACACAUCCAUGGUGGAAAGGUCUAUUUAGCCAGUGCAGCUACAGUCGUAUCUUGGUUUUCAAACAGCUUAGUUCUCAAACGUUUUGGCUCCCUAUAGCUGCAAACCUGGAAGUGAGUGUUCCGGUUUGCGAACUAUUUUUGGAAGCUGAACGUAUGACGGGGCUUCUGUGGCUUCCGAUUGGCUACAGGAGCUUCCUGCAGCCAAUCAGAAGCCUUGCUUUGGUUUCUGAACGUUUUGGAAGUCAAACGGACCUCCAGAACGGAUUCCACUCGACUUCCAAGGUAUGAUUGUAAAUGGAAAUGUCACCUACGGUAGGAAUUCACAUCUAAGGAUGAAUAGGAGGUCAUGUUGAGUGAGCUUUCAGCGGUCUCCUGUUGGCUGCUCUUAAAAACACAGGACAGGACUGGAUGAAUAUUUUGUCUGAUCCAGCAACACAGUGUUGCUGUUUUUUUUCAUGUUCUAGAUGCUUCACCGCAUGUAGCUUGCGCAGAAGCAUCCCAGUGAAAAAUGCAAAGCAGCCUUUUGAAAGGAAAGGAGGUGACAUUCCAGGCAAGUCCACACAUGACCUUGGUUUUUGCUAAGCUGAAGAGUGAUCGGCAGUCUGUCCUAACAUGCUUAUAUUUGAGCAGAAAUGAUGCUUGCAGAAACCAAAAAGCAAAUAAAAAGGUCUCUCUCUCCGUAUAAAUUCGUAUCGCUUACGUCUAUAUAGCUUACACUGACAUUUUUUGUAUUGUGCAAAUGAACUGAGUAGCUGUUUCAAAAGUGAUCGAGAUGUACUUGGCCUUGGACUUGUCCUGUACGUGGAAGGCAGGGAGGGACAGGGCAGAGCCACACCAUACAGUUAAAGUACAUUUAAAGCACCUCAACCCCCCCAAAUCCUGUAGUUUUCACCUUAUAGAGCUACAGUUCCCAGUACCCGUGUCAAACUUACAGUUCCCAGGAUUCUUUGAGGAACGGCAUGUGCUUUGAAUUUAUGGCAUUGAUCUGCCCACAGUUAGGUCUCACCGCCAUACACAUUUCUUACAAUGCCUGCAACACUGAUAGGGGAAUUGAAAUAAAGCUGCCCAUUUCAAGGUGACUGCAGGAUUGGGAUUUGAACUCUUGUCCCCGUUCAGAUUAGGUUUCCAUUGCCCUACAUUUGCAUGGUUUGUGGGCGGGGAAACAGAGCGCUGGCAUAACUUGCUGGAAUAUUUCUUUGCCGGCUUUAGGGGAGAAGGGAAAAGGCUUCCUAAAAUGUAAGCUUUUGACUUUGAUUUUUUUAAACAACAACAACAACACAUAAAUGGGCAGCACUUCCUCUGUGCGUCCUCUGCAGCCUGUCUUUUGUGCAGAGCUGUAAUUUUCCUAUUUUUGUAAAAUAGGCAGCAAUUGUGGCUUGAGCUAAGCACAUGCUGGUUUGUGCAUUAGCUCUGGCCUCUCUCCCUCCCUCCUUCUCUUUCUCUCUCUUUUUGCACUAAGAAGCAUGGAAUGACAAACCGGCAAUGCCGGCACCAGAGAUGAAAGAGCGAUGCAAUUAGCCUGUUCCAUGAAUAUUAAUUGAGUUUGUCUGUUUUACCGUGUGGUUUUAGUCUUCCUGAUUUGUUGGUUGUUGGUGAACUAAAUACAAAUUUAUGAAAUAAAAGAAAUGCAGUGCUCUUGUGUGUUGGUUCAUAGAUUCUGACCAGCGUCACCAACCUGCAUGCUUGGCUGGUCUGCACAUUGUUCUGGGAGGUGUUUUGAGACAGGAGAUAAAUAUUGCAAACGAGUUGUUGCUCUAUCACAAAUGGGCGACGAACCACAGUUUUUCUCAACUUAUUGCAAGAAAGAAAUUCGACUCGGUUUGCAUUUGAAGGUGAACUUCCCAAAUUUGCACUUUUUGAAACAAUGCUCAAAUCAAAACACAGCCAUCCUUCAAAAUCCAAAUUUCUCUGAAUUUUGCAACAUGGUUUUCCAUGCAUAUACCAGGGUUGCUGAGGUCGGGGAGAGGGAUAAACCAGUGUUUGUCUUGAGCAGCAGCUGCCCCCUCCAGUGACGGCUGUGAAGGAAGCAUCCCAUGGCCUCUCCAUGGCCGCUGCUGCCAGCUUCCUCCCUUGGGCAGCUUGAAGCAACUGCUGGAGUGCAGGCAAUGAGGAGAAGAGGCUGCCAUCGCCAGCAAGGCCCAGUCCCACUUAAUGUGCUGGCUCUGAGGGGCAGGCAGAGGGUAGGGCUGCCCUGGGCGGGAAGAAAGGGGGAGUAGAGCAGAGUCUCUUUUCUUCUUUUAAUGCUUUGUAUGUCCAUGUCUAAUCUUGCUCCUUUCUAAAAUUUAUGUACAGUGGUACCUCGGGUUAAAUAUGCUUCAGGUUACAGACGCUUCAGGUUACAGACUCCGCUAACCCAGAAAUAGUACCUCAGGUUAAGAACUUUGCUUCAGGAUGAGAACAGAAAUCAUGCUCUAGCGGCACGGCGGCAGCGGGAGGCUCCAUUAGCUAAAGUGGUGCUUCAGGUUAAGAACAGUUUCAGGUUAAGAACGGACCUCCGGAACGAAUUAAGUACUUAACCCGAGGUACCACUAUAUUGGUACAUGUUUUUCGUUUUGUAAAUCUACCAAAGAAUGAAAUAAAAUCUGGAUUAAGUGGUUUUCUCAAGACAGUGGGGGGUGGGUGUUCUGUGUCCCGUUGGUGUAGUGGUGAUGUAAAUGCUCUGUGGCAGGGGGAGGUCUGUGUGGCAAAAAAUGGGAGGUUGAAGGGGGUCAGUUGAGGGGCGAGUGAGAAAUGUUCCUGUUUUCAUCUGAGGAAGAUUGGAGGCUAUGUAGUCCUCUUUGUCUUGUCCUAAGCCCAAAUGCUUAAUGCAGCAAAAUGCAAACAAAUGAACAAAUCCAAACAAAUUGAAACAAACAAACAAACAAACAAACAAACAAACACAUCCAUUCUUUCUCUCUCUGAUAGGUGCCUUUGUUGUGUGCUGGACCCCCGGCCUCGUCGUCCUUCUUCUCGACGGCUUGAACUGCACUCGUUGUGAAGUACAGAAUGUGAAGCGGUGGUUCCUCCUCCUGGCCCUUCUGAACUCUGUCAUGAACCCCAUCAUUUACUCGUACAAAGACGACGAGAUGUCGAGCACGAUGAGGCGCAUGAUCUGCUGCUCUUUUGAGGAGAGGCCGGAGCGCCGGUCUUCGCGGAUCCCCUCCACGGUGCUCAACAGGAGUAUGGACACCUCUAGUCAAUACUUAGAAAAUGGCAUCACCCAAGGGACAGUCAGUGGCAAAGGAAACACCUGAGCCACACUCUCUCAUUCUUCCUCCUUAAGAAGUGGACUGUGGCUUGUGCGGCGGAUGCAAGCGGACUGAGCACUGAACCAGCUGAGUUCGUAAUCCCGAAACAGCAGAAGUGUAUACUCUGUGUGCCAGGAAACCCAAACCCCAGUGUGGCCUGACAUCAUUGUAAAUAAUUAUUGGAUGAGAGGGGGAAUAUGCUGGAAGGGAUGGAGAAGAAUAGAAGGAGUGGACUUAUUCUGCAGUGUGUGUUUUUAAAGUUGGAAAACUGUACAACCGGCAUUGUGGAGUCCUCAUUCUUCAGAGGCCAAGUUACCGCUGUGUGUGGCAUAUACCACUACAGACUGCUGAGAUGAGGCUGGUUCUCACAUCUAAAUGCUUAGCUAUCUAUAUCUAUUAUCUAUCUGUCUAUCAUCUCCACAUAGAGAACUAGGAUAUCAGGCAGAAGAGUUGUAAACUAGCUUUCUGAGUCAUGUUUUAUUUUUCUCCGUGGAAAUAUUUUUAUUUUAUUUUAUUUUAGUUGUUUUAUGGAGGGCUAUUCAAUACUGUGAGAUCCAGACCAAAGUUGCAGCCUGUCCCUACGCAUGUUUACAUUGGAGUAUGUGCCAUUUUGCUCAGUGGGGGUUUGCUUCCAAAUGAUAUUCAUUGCUUUGGAUUGCAGCCCUAAAGCCGUCUUGAACUUAGUGGGACUUGCUCCUGAGUAACCAUAUAUUGGACUGGGCUCUUCAGUCUCCUGUGUGGUAUGGUGUUUGUGCUCCUCCAGUAAACAUUUUUAUAAAUAUUUUUCAUGGCGUAACAGGGUUGCAAAACCAAAACAGGUCUUAUUUGGCUCCCCUGCCCCAUCCCAGUAAAUGUAAUGAUUUCUGAGCAUCCUGAUUUUCCUUCCAAGCUGUGAUUAUGGGGUGGGGGAGUUCAGGAGAUUUCUGCAAUAAACUAAUUGCACGCAAAGGCAUCCAGUCCCCCAAUAACAUAUUAUUCCGUGCGUAUGCAACAUUUGUGAAUUGUUCGUAGGGACAGAACUGUUUGCUCUUAAAGAAACAAGCCAAAUAAUCACUGACUGCUUCAGUUGAAGGUGGGACAAUGAGGAUUGAUGGCGGUAUUUUUAAGCCUCUGAUCUUACCUUUCAGCUGUCACAAGUUCAGGCCUGAGUUGCUAGCACAAAAGAUGUUGGAAGUUUGGUUAUUAAAUUUGAGUUUCUGAAAAAUCCCGGCUUAAAAAAAAAAGGAUUUAGACUAUUGUGUGGUGAAAGUUAGACCUGUAUAACAGAGACAUAAGCAAGAAUAUAUGUGCACUUUGUGAUUUAUGGAUUGAAUCCUUUCAAGUUAGUGAGGGAAAAACUUCUUGCAAAGGCAUGGGAUCAUACUUUUUGUUAUUUCAAAGUAUUUUUUUAUGUGCAUAGAUUAAUUUUCGCACUGUACUUUUUAAGUGGUUUUAUCUCCUGUGGACUGUGUGUGAGAUCAGUGGUAUACUUCAGGCGAUGGUCCAGAAUUGUAAAUAAAUGCAAUGCUUUAUAUCUGAGUUUGGGUACCUCAUUGUUUGGGGGACCAUAUUCAGACACUGGGAUUUUUCUAGAAGCAAUACAGACACCUUUCCUCUAAAUGCUGCCAGAAAACAGGACCAGAAUUUGCCGCCUACUUUGGGGAGAGAAAUACCACUUCUUAUUAGCAUGUGCUAAUUUAUUCAAAUUCAUGAAUGUUUAAAAUUAUGCAUCUCCUAGGAUUGCAAAAUAAUAGUAUGUCAAAUGAGAGAAAACUGCACUUUCUCUUCUUGCAUGCUCCCUGUAUGAAAACAAAAAUAAACAAAGUUCCAGGCCUACUUAGGUCUGGCUUAAUAGCAUGCCUAAACCAGUCUAUUAGCCCAGUAUUUUUCUCUUAACGACACCUGCUUGCAAAAUGAUUAUCUGUGUUCAGAGAUAUCUGCAGUCACUGCUGCCAAAUAAUUAUCACCAGGGCAUUGUGGCAAGAAGAAUUAAGACCGGAAUUUGAUGUUAGAUCUCCUGGGGCCCAGCAGAUGAAGGCUAAGCCUUGAAGGAAUGAUGCCCAUUGUUCAUGAUACAGAUUGCCCAGUUCCACACAGCUAGCUAACUUAGAAGUAAAAAAAAAACAAAAAACAACAACAACACCAGCCUACGGUGCAAUGUGAAAAUUUGAAAGCCUAAUUGCAGGAUGCCCCGUUUCUAUUUUAUUAGGCAUGUCAUUGGCUCGCAUUAGUGUAACCAAGAUCUAAAAUUGUAUACAUCUCUGUAUCAGUCUGCUGCUCUCAUCUAAUACCUGUGCACGCCCUUGCAGGUCCAGUUUCUCCUGACUGCCAUAUCCCUCACUAUUAUCCUAUAGCAGGGGUGUCAAACUCAAAUUCAUCGGGGGCCGCAUCAGAACGGCCGGCGCCGCAAGAGGGCAGACGUUCUCUGGCUUGUAGGCUGCCGCGCAUGCGCUGAAGAGGCGACUUUCUUGUGUCAAAAAAAGAAGCGAGAAUAAAAGGUGAAGGCUGGUGGCCGGCGGCGGCUACACGGGCCACAUGACGAGGUCUGGCGGGCCGGAUUCUGCCCGCGGGCCUUGUGUUUGACACCCGUGUCCUAUAGCAUCACCAACCUGUCUCUCCAUUUCAGGUGCCUGCUGUACAAAGAUCCCAUCCUCUCUAAUGAUGGAUUUUCAUCCUCUUAACUACUGCCUGGUCAUGCCUCUCCCUUUUGCCUCCAAACUGCUGGAACAUGCAUAUGCCCACACUGAUGAGGGCGGGUGCGCUCCCGAGGGGGGUGGAGUGUGACCUGAGCAGGGCAGGGCACAGAGGGUGCCCUCCCAGGCACGGGAUAGCAGCUUGGGUGCACGGAGUGGUGCGCAUGCCCUGCAGCCAGGGGCAGAGCAAGCCGCUGAUGGCGGACAUUUGGUGCACCACCCGCCCACAAUUCCCAAGCCUCUCCCAAGCUGUCAAAACGAAAGGGGAAGGGGGAAAUUCUGCCAUGAAAGUGGCACAGCUCCCCCCUUACCCCGACAGCUCAGGGUAGGCUUGGGAGUCGCAGGUGGGCAGCGCGCCAAAUGUCACCCACCCCAGUGAAGACACCCGGGGUGGUCCGCCCCCACCGCUCCCCCCUUCCUCCACCCCUCCAUGCCGGUGACCCAUUUUAACACGGCUUCUGCUCUUUGAGCUCCUGUGAAAUCUCCAAGACCCCCAGACAAACUUCUCACUGCCAAAUCCUGGGACACGGGCACAUCAGGUUCUGCAUUGUCCAUCCUGAGUGGCAGUGGCUCUUCGGGGUUUCUGGCAGGAGUCUUCUGUACCCUGCAACAUGCCCCAGGCACUCUGGGUGGCUUCCAACAUAUAUAAAAGCAUAAUCAAACAUUUAAAAACUUCCCAGAACAGGGCUGCCUUCGGAUGUCUUCCGUAGGUUGAAUAGUCACUUAUCUCCUUGGCUUGGGAGUUGCGUAACCUCCAACAUGUCUCCGAUGAAAAUAGGGACGUCCUAAUGGAAAGUGGGACAUUCCAGGUUCAAAUCAAAAACCCAGGAGUGUCCCUGGAAAAUAGGGACACUUGGAGGGUCUGGUCUUUCCCAGCCCUGCCAGGAGAUGUCAGGGACUAAUCCUGAGACUUUCUGCCCGGAGGGCUCUACCACUGGAAUGUGUGCAGCAGGUGUAGGUGGGAGCAGGAAGUCUCAAUUUCAAAUAUUUGGCUGUGCUUUCCAGCAAAUAAAUCACUGCUGACUGCCAUGUAGGAUUCGCUCUGGUAAGAGGACAUGGUUUGUUCUUGAUCAACCAGCAUGCAAAACUUUUUUUUAAUGAUGAGAAACAAGGCUGAAGUAUAGGGUGGAGCGAGCAAUUGGCCCACCCUAUGACUUUUCCCACAUUUACUACCCUUGGCCAGUGAUAAGAUUUCUUGUUCCUUAAAUAUGCUCCAUGAACAUAUGCAUGGCCUUGCCUCUAUCCCUUGGCUCAAGCCCUCCUCAAAACCAACAUUUUCUGUGUGCCCUUUGUCUUCUUAAAUUUCUUAACCAAGCUUCAAGUACAUAACAAUGAGACUUGUCCACGUUCUUCCCUCCCAUUCUCUUGUCUGUUGUUUCCUUUGUCUGUGGUUUCCAUGUGGUUUGUUUCAGGUUGUAAGCUCCUUGGGAGCAGGGACUCAUAUAUGUUGCAUGUGUAAAUCUGCAAGGUGCCAUCAUGCACACUGAUGGUGAAGCAUGCGGAAAUAAAAAUAUAUCCAUGCU